AUGAAGGGUUUCCUCUUCCUCCUACUCACCAUCAGCCUUCUGGUCAUGAUCCAGAUACAAGUUGCAGUCACCAUGAACAAGACCACCAAGAAAACGAAUGCAGCCUCUACACUUAGUGGCCUGGGUGUUGGCAGUGUCCUCCUCCUGCUGACCAGUAUCUUCAUCCACCUAUUCCAUCUCAGUUAA